AAUCCAAAUUCAAGGCCAUAUGCUAAACUGCUGUUGAACAUUGGGAGAGCCAUAGCCUAUAACAUAACUAAAAAGUGUGUCGGUAAGCGGGGGGAAGGAACAUCAGUCACUGACUGUACAGCCAGUAAGCGAAUAAAUGGAAGCAUUAGGGUCCGGAAAUGGUGCUUUUUGGGGUUGGAAUUGGGAACUCCAAAAUCAGAAGAAGAAGAAAGCAAGUAAUAAUAAUAACAAGAAUAAUACCAAGAGAAAUGCUUCUUCAUCUGAUGGAGUUAGCGGCGGCGGCGGCGGUUACCACUUCCCUUUAAAGCAAGCAGCCACGGCUGCUUCUCUCGCUCUUACUGGAGACACAAUUGCCCAACUUAGCCACCGAUUUGCAAACAACAAGAAGAAACACACUCAUACUGUCCCUCCUUCUCAUGAUGAUGACACGAUCAUCCUUUUGGAACAUGACUGGCUCCGUGCCUUACGAAUGACUUCUUAUGGAUUUCUUUUCUAUGGCCCUGGUUCUUAUGCCUGGUAUCAAUAUCUUGAUCAUUGUUUGCCUAAACAGUCAGCAAAGAAUUUGAUUCUGAAGGUGUUGUUGAACCAAAUAAUACUUGGUCCAUCUGUGAUUGCUGUUGUCUUUGCGUGGAACAAUUUAUGGCAAGGGAAGCUUACGGAGCUUCCUGCAAAGUACAAAAAAGAUGCUCUUCCUACACUUCUUUACGGUUUUAGGUUCUGGAUCCCUGUCAGUGCGUUGAAUUUUUGGGUGGUCCCACUUCAAACUCGCGUAGCUUUCAUGUCAAUGGGGUCUAUAUUUUGGAAUUUCUGCUUAUCAUCAUCAAUGAGCAAGUAGAUUCAUUUGCACAGGGAUUUAUCAAUUUGGUAUUAGCACUGUCUAAUUUUAAACAUGAAUCUUUCUCAUGGCCAUUUCAGUUUACUGAUUCUGAGCUUAAUCAAUUUUAUGCCGUCUAAUCAUAGAUUGAAUCUUGAACAAAUGUGAGGUGAAAUCUUAAAAGGACUUGUUAUAUUAUCUGUGUUGCACACUCUAAAGGAUGUAUAUUAAUUAUUGAAUAUCUCCA